AUGCUGCUUCCUCCAAUCUCAGAUUUUAUUACUGGUGCUUUUGGAAGCGACAGAAGCAGUCCUGAUAAAAUUCCAACAUUAAUUCGUAGUUCAAACCAAAUAUCUGGCUCCGUGAGCAAGGAAGCUCGUUUUCUAGCCAAAAUUCCUUUAAGCUCAAGCAGUAAAGCUACUAAAGGAACUACUAAACUGAAAUCACAAUUAGAAAACCGAUCGCACACACGACAAGCUUCUUCUGAUAAUAAACAAGUGGCCAAUAUCAUACUGGAAUAUCAAUAUCAUCAAGCAUCCGUUCAAUGCCAACAUCAUAGACAUGCACCUUCAUUCUCAACACCUAAUCAAAUGACUAUAAAUGCAUCGAACUACCAAAUAUUUUUGAACCCCAGUCAAAUGGAACAGCAACAAUUUCACUGGUCUCAGGGAGGAACUAACGGAUUCUAUCAAAGCCAAAAUGGGACCUAUUGGAACAUGGUUCAAGGUGCACCACUUUUUAACAUGUCAUUGCAAAAUGGUCAGGGUAGAUCUGCAAUACAUUAUAUUGGCAGAUAUCAGCUACUUCUCGUUGAUUUGCUGAAUACUUUCGAAUUGAAUAAUCAACUAUCGCAUGGCGUGAUUCCAGUAAGACAGCCUGAUGUCGUAACCAAUCCGAAAGUCAUACGAAAGAGAAGGAAACUUUCUACGAGAAGCAGAACUGGCUGUCUCACAUGUAAGAGAAGAAAGGUGAAAUGUGAUGAAGGCGGGCUCAUUUGCCAUAAUUGUCGAAAAUCUAGUAGAAUUUGCGAAUGGUUUGAGAGCAUAUAA